AUGGUACCAAAAGUUUCCAUCACUAUUAGAAUGCAUUUAGAAAACCACAGCACGUCUGCUAAUGGACUGGAAGUCGUGACGCGUCACAAUGACGUCACAGGAGCUGUGGUCAGGGAAAAAAUCAAAAGAUGUUGCCAGGAAACUUUUACUCUGGACAACCUGCUGAGCAAGUUUCCCAUCGUCAGGUGGUUGCCCAAGUACAGGUUGGCGACGCUCCAGUGUGAUGUGAUCGCCGGACUGACGGUGGGGUUGACGGUGAUACCCCAGGGCCUGGCCUACGCCCAGAUCGCUUACCUCCCACCUCAGUAUGGGCUGUACUCCGCCUUUGUGGGGUGUUUCAUCUACUGCCUCCUGGGGACGUCCAAGGACAUCACCCUGGGGCCCACCGCCCUCCUCUCCCUCAUGACAGCCACCUUCGGCACCUCCUUCUCGCCUGACCUACCCACGGGCGGGAAGGACCCCACGGCGGCCAUCAUCCUGACCUUGACCUCUGGUAUCAUCCAACUCAUCAUGGGCAUUCUAAAACUAGGUAUACUGGUCAACUUUAUCUCACAUCCGGUCAUCACAGCCUUCACGUCUGCUGCAGCCAUUACGAUAGCCGUGGGUCAAGUCAAAAACGCCUUGGGACUGACGAAAAUUCCUAACCACUUCAUGGAGAUGGUUUACUACACUUGUAAGAAGAUCCCAGAAACCAAGCUAGGGGACAUGACUGUAGCCAUACUGUGUCUGAUUGCCGUGGUCUGUAUGAAGAAGUUGCGAGAGGUCAAGUGGAGAAAACCAGGCGACACAGAAAGGAAGGUGUCCGUAGCGUUCAGGAUGCUGCAGAAAUGUGUCUGGACGAUGGGGACAGCGGCCAACGCCAUUGUGGUGAUCGUCGCCGCUGGUGUGGUAGCCAUCAUGGAGAACAACGGACACAACGGCACCGUCACCGUCACGGGGAACAUACAGGCCGGGUUCCCGACCGUCGGGUUCCCCAAGUUUAAAAUGACUGACGGGAACAUUACCAUGUCCGCCGGGGAGAUAUUCUCAAACAUCGGUAUUGGUGUUGCCAUCGUCCCUUUGCUUGCCUUAGUAGAAACAAUGGCCAUAGGAAAAGCUUUUGCACGUGACAACAACUACAAGAUUGACCCUACCCAAGAGUUGCUGGCCAUUGGUGCGUCAAACAUCGUCAGCUCAUUCUUUCAGUCGUACCCGCUGACCGGAAGUUUCGCCAGAACGGCCGUGAACUCCCAGAGCGGGGUGAAGACACCCCUGAGUGGGGUCUGGACGGGGGGUCUGGUGAUCCUGGCCCUGUGUGUACUGACACCCUGGUUCUACUACAUCCCUAGGGCGGCGUUGGCGGCUGUCAUCAUCGCCGCCGUCCUGCCCAUGGUGGAGUACCGUAUGGUGGUCAAGUUGUGGAGGACUGACAAGUGGGACAUUAUUCCUUACGUCAUCACCUUCGUAUGUUCCCUGUUGAUUGGUAUAGAGUACGGUAUUCUGAUCGGCAAAGGCGUCUCCCUGGUGUUGUUGCUCUACCCGCUGGCCCGACCUAAAUUUCAAUUCACCAGUGGGCGUGGCUUCCUUAUCGUCACACCCCUGCAGGGGCUGAACUUCCCCGCCGCGGAGCACAUGGAGAGUCAAGUCUUGGACAAAACUUUGGAAGGUAAAAAGCCGCAAUGGAUUCUCCUGAACCUGGAGAGGCUGACUGACCUGGACUACACGGCCAUCCAAUCUCUAGAGACCUUGGCCACUGACUGUGGCCAUCACGGGGUGAAGCUGCUCUUGGCCAGCCCACAGGGCCGGGUCAUUGACCAGCUACAGAACGUGACCUUGAAGCACGUGCCGGUGUACUCAACGAUAGCUGAGGCCAUGUCACACCAGACAGCUCAAGAUGAGCUGGAGGGUACGGCGGAGGAGGAGGUGCCAUUUGUCAGUCAGACGUCACAGAAUGUCAGCGAGGUGUAG